AUGAUGCGCUUACAGCUUGCUGCCGAUCCAUUAAUCGAGACGACGCGAACGGCGCUUGGACGUUGGGCCCAAGGAGAAUAUUCAGGCCAGCUUUUGCGAAUGACGCUCUACGAAGAGUGGCUGUUGCUGAUCACCUUGGCCAGUUACCUCACCCAGAAGCUCGGAGAGCGUGAAAACCGGAUGCGCACGGCCUUCGACGACAUGAUUGCACAGCUCAUGACGCUCGGAAAACCGCUUCCCGCUGAUCGACUUCUGGCUGUGACGACGAGUGGCCACAUCGAUGAUUCGCAUCAGGGCCCAAAGCUGUCCCCAAACGACGACCGUGAAUGGAUAAAAGCCGAAAGUCAAGCACAGGCUCGUGCCGAACUCGUACGCGAGUCGAGCGAAGAAACCAUUUUCAAGCUCUUUUCGGAAGUGUUCGACCGGUUUGUGGAGAACCUGGAGAUCGACACGGCAAGGGCACGGCAAGCUGAAGCUGAGAAUGCAAAUGCACUCACGACUCUGACCGCCGUCAAAUUGCACCUGGCGAACCAACGGGAGGCAUUGCAGAAAUGCGAAAAAACUCCGUCGCCGAUUGCCAACCUGAUGCGUCCAAGCCGCCCCGUCCAAUCCAACAACGACGCAGCCGAUGAAUCGAUCCUCGUGGAGCUCGAAAACAACAAAAGUGGCCACUCGACCCCGCCGUGCAGCCUCAAUCGCGUUUGCGUCGAUGUGCUCGCCUGCGUCGAAGAGCCCCAUACUGCAAGCACGGCGAUGUCGCCUUUCCCCACGCUGUCGCCGAGCACGGGUCGUGGUUUGUCUACCACCGCUUCGCCACCCACCUGGUCUUACACCACCGAUUUGCCGUCGUCCUCAUCAUCUACAUCCUCGACUUUUUACGUGAGCGACCCGAGCCCUGCUGGAUGCGGCGGCGAGAAGAAGGCCCCAGUCCCGGUUGGCAACCGGGCUGGGGUGGCCCACGAACUCGACAUCUACGACAUCGCAUCUACGAACUCGACAACUACGACAGGCAACGAGCCCAGCGCCUAUUCGCCGUCCAAGAUGGCCGCCGGCAAGAAGAACAAGAUGAAGUCGGCCGACGAGAAGCCACGAGGGGUUUGUGCUCGUUGUGGCCCAGAGGCGGGGGAGCAGGAGAUAAAUACCCGUUGGACGGCCGUGUCGUGCGAGACAUGCGCGAAUUCUUUCCGGGUGGCCACGAAGAAGCUGACGGCUCCAGAUUCCGGAUGUCCUGGGCGUCCAAACUGCACUCCUGCGAAGCCCUGCAAUACGUGCAACUACCCGAAUUGGUUGGCCCUGGGAUACCGCGUCCCAGAGAAGCGCGCGAUGCCC